GCAGGGAGAGCUCGAGGAGAAAGCAAGCCAAUAACGUCGCCACUUCGCGAGCCCCUUUUCGCCUCGAUAAUCCGCCGAUUUUCGCCACUUUGGGCGCAGCGACACCCGCGGCCUUGUCGUAUCCCCGCUUGACGUCGUGAAUGAGCUUGCGUCCGACGUUCCCCAAGCGCGAAUCGCCACCUUGAUGCGGUGGGAUGGCCACAGUGCCGCCUGGGCCUAGUAGCGCACUGGCCGCAUCCCCGGCUGAGAGUCCACCUUUCCCCGGGGCCGGGGGCGAGGACGGAGGGCCGCGUCGCGCCGUGGAGGACCCCGCGUCGGGGAAGACGCUCGCCGAAGUCAAGCAGCCGGAUAAGAGGAGGAAGAAGAAAAACAUGCUCACUCGAGCUAGCCCGCCGGCGUUGCACCUCAAAAUGCCGACCGGGGAGCAGCAGCAGCUCAACGGCUUGGCCGGUAGCCCCGUCGAGGAGCCGGGGGGACGUGACAAUCCGAGACCGCCAGCGGACGACUGUGACAGCGACAGCGGCGGCGACGACGGCGGGACCCCGGCCGCUCCGAACAACACGGAGCACAGCCAACGCGAAGGCCCCCGCUCCAAAAACGGCCGCCGCUCGCCGCUGGUUAACAAUAGCGUGAACGGGAUGCCGGCCCGGACAAGAACUUCCGAGAUCCCCGGCGACACGGAGCAGCCCCGACCCCGACCCCAGCCCCAGCUCCAGCCGCCCGCGGAGGAGCUUGCCCGGCUAGAGCUGGGCGGCUCGCCCGAGGAGGACAGCCACGACAUUUGUUAUGUGCGCUACGAGUCCGAGCUGCAGAUGCCUUGGAUCAUGAGACUCAUCACCAAGGACUUGUCUGAGCCUUACUCCAUUUACACCUACAGGUACUUCAUCCACAACUGGCCGCAGCUCUGCUUCCUGGCCAUGGUGGAGCAGGAGUGCGUCGGCGCCAUCGUGUGUAAGCUGGAUAUGCACAAGAAGAUGUUCCGGCGCGGUUACAUCGCCAUGCUGGCCGUCGACUCCAAACACAGAAGGAAAAGCAUCGGUACUAAUCUGGUGAAGAAGGCCAUCUACGCUAUGGUGGAGGGAGACUGCGACGAGGUGGUCCUGGAGACGGAGAUCACCAACAAGUCGGCGUUGAAGCUGUACGAGAACUUAGGCUUUGUGCGGGACAAGCGGCUCUUCAGAUACUACCUGAACGGCGUGGACGCACUGAGGCUCAAACUGUGGCUACGCUGAGAGGGUCGGAGAUGGAGGAAGGGGGGGUGGGGGGGGUCGACAGACUAUCAAGCCUGCCUGCCUCAUUUCACUCUUUACACACACACACACAACCAGUAUGCACAUGUAUAUGCAUCCAUACACACACACGCGCACACACAUUAUUCUUGCCCUCUAGACGUUUCCAUGAAGGCACCUCUUUCUCCCAUUAUGAUAAAAAGAUUGAAGGGUGCUGGUGGGUGUGAGGGUCUCAGGAUGACCUCGAUGACGUUUUUCGGCCUUCAGACUUUGGGUAAGGACGCAUGGACGGAAGAAAAACAAGUAAGCGAGGGGCCUAAAAGACCCCCAAACUUAAUGGUGGAGUUUAUUUUUGUGUUUCUUUUUUAAAUUCCUUGGAGGGGGCCAUGACUGCAUAUUUGCGUGUGUGUUUGACUGCCUCCGUUUGUGUGUGUGUGCGUGCCAGCGCCCCAUGUUUGUCAUCAGUUCCCCGUUUGUCCACUUGGUGGUGCUGUUUCUGCCGCACACACCUCCAAGGACUGAAGCCUGUUUCAAGACGUGUUUAUUUUAUCUGCGUGUCCCAAAUCACUCCGCGAGCACCUCAAACAUCACCUCCAUCUUUUUUUUGUAUUUUAUUUUUUUGUCCCCAAGCUUAAGUGUUCCUCAAAAUCAUCCCAGCGAACUGUGAAUUAGGAUGGUUAUUUUUUUUAUUUUAUUUUUUUCUCUCCAGAUUUUCAGACAAAUUCCCGCCAUGUCCCUCACAUCCAAAUUCACUGCCAAACCCCUCAUGCCCCUCACCCAAAAAGGAGAUAACGACAACUAGACCGACAAGCAAUAGCACGUAGACCUCCGCCAAGGCCGAACGAUUAGUAAAAACGGGAUCAAAUUGUAUAACUAUGCAGACACACACACAUUUGUCUUCAAAAUGUGUGGGUUAUUUGCUGUGAAAUUAUGGAAAAUGUAUUUGGAAAAAAUCCAGGAUCUGUUUAAAAAUGUUUAAUGCAUGUUCCGCCCACUAACGAGUUGUUUUAAGCAUUUUUGUUGUUGUUUCAAUUCCAGCUGACAAACGUACAUACAUCCUUCGCGGAGGUGGUUUUUGCUUUUGGCCUGGCGAUGCCGUUUGCGCUCAUCUGCCGUGUUCUGCGUCACAAAUCUUUGUUUACGUUCAUCUCAGUGCUAAAACAAAAAAAUAAUUGGAAACCUUAUAACAGUUCAUACAGUUGCGGUAUUUUGUUUUACUUUGUUUUCUUAAAAAGAACAAAUGUCAGAUGCACUUGUUUGGAAAUUGUUGUGCGCGUGUCCUGUUUUGACUUCUCU